AUUUUCCCACAAUUCAUUGGGUCGGUACACAAAUAUUAGACGGCUGGUUGGUCCGAUAUACGGGGCUUGUUUUUACAUUUUUUUUGUAAAACACUGAUGUAAUCCGUACACAACCUUAGAGUAUACAUCAAUAAUCGAACUCCUUGUUAAUUCAGAUAAAUUUAACCCAAUCUACUCCGAAUAACAGCGUCUUCACUGAUGACAGUUCCUGCUAGCUGAAGGUUAGCAGCAAUAGUUUUGCUUUAAAGCUAACAAGGGAAGGAUUUUAUAACAUGUCUGGACCAAAUGGAGACCCAAACAUCUCCAAUGAAGAUGGCAUCAUCAACGACGACGACGAAUAUGGCGAAGAAGAAUACGCCGCUAUCAACAACAUGCUAGAUCAAAUCAACUCCUAUCUUGAUGACCUGGAGGAGCGCAAUGACGCACUCAAUGGAAAACUGCACGAACUGCUGGAGUCAAAUCGGCAAGCCCGUCUGGAUUUCAGGGCGCAGCUAACUGGCUCUCCAACCCAAGAGGAGCAUCACGCCGUGGAGCAGGAAUCUUCUUUACCAAGCGAGCAAGGCCAACAUGAAGAAAAUCAGUGAUGAGAUUAAAUAAAUGUGAAGACAAGGACAGAGAUGAUCAAAGUGAAUUAAGAGUUGCUAUGAAUUCUGGUUUCCCCUGACAAACUUGGAAAAUCCAAUCAAAUUUGUUGCUGCUCUAAAAAGCUGCAUCUACUCGAAAUACCUUAGUAGCAAACCAAGAUUCGUCCAGAUAUCAGCUCAAGUUUGAUCCUGUUGAAUAUUAACCAUGCUUCAGGCUUGUGUGUGUGUGUGCGUGUAUAUAUAUAUAUAUAUGUGUGCGUGUGUGUGACGUGCGGUCAGGGGAGGCAGAGCCU